UGUUCCUCAGGACUUCUCUGGACCACGGUCCUUUGCCAGACCCUUCCAGCCCCCAGCCCAUCAUGGUCCCUCCAGGCCGUAUCCUGCUCCUGCUUUUGCUCCCAGUGGCCACAGCUCAGAUGACCCCAGGUUCCUGUUCCGGAUGUGGGCCCCUGUCCUUGCCGCUCCUGGCAGGCCUUGUGGCCGCCGAUGCGGUUAUGUCACUGGUAAUUGUGGGGGUGGUGUUCAUGUGUGCUCGCCCACGCCGCAGGCCCACCCAAGAAGAUGGCAAAGUCUACAUCAACAUGCCUGGCAGGGGCUGACCACCCUUAACUUCCACCUUUGGCUUCUGACUCUCUCAUCCUGAUUGUGUGUGGCAGCACAGGAACACUGCCCCCCACCCUUGGGUUGGAAUAAAACAAUUGAAAUACC